AUGAGGUUUUUCCUCUUUUUGUGUUUCCUCGCUCUUUGUGCUGCGACUCCCUUGGAGGAGAAAAACAUGAAGCUCCAGCGUGGCGGUUGUCCAGCGUUCUGGUUCAGCUUCAAUGGCCGCUGCUUUCGGUACGUCGCCACAAGGAUGACCUGGGCUGAUGCAGAACUCUACUGUUUGUCACUGGGAGCCAACCUGGUGUCCAUCCACAGUGAGGAGGAACAUAACUUUGUCUAUACACUGAUUCAGACCUUUGACCCGGCUGAGGGCCACACCUGGAUUGGACUCACCGACCAGCAUAAGGAAUCAAGGUGGAUGUGGUCUGAUGGAUCCAGAGCUGACUUUCUCUUUUGGAAUCCUGGAGAGCCAAACAACAGUGGAGGAUCAGAGGCAUGUGUUGAUACCAUUUGCGGCAUGAAGAAGAAGUGGAAUGAUGCAAGAUGCUCCCUCUUGUUUCCCUUUGUUUGCGCGUUACGUCCAACCUGCCCUUAG